UGUGUCUGUGUGCGCGUGCUCCGGGCGACUAUGCGCAUGCGCAGAUAAGUCGGCGCCGACCCCGGGCUGAGUGAUUGCAAUCGAUAUGCAGGACCCCAAUGCGGAUACAGAGUGGAAUGACAUCUUACGCAAAAAGGGCAUCUUGCCCCCCAAGGACAGUCUGCAAGACUCAGAACAGGAUGCAGAAGAGGAGCAGCGAGCCCUUCAGCAGUCAGUGGUAAAAACAUAUGAAGAUAUGACUUUGGAAGAACUCGAAGAUAAUGAAGAUGAAUUUAAUGAGGAGGAUGAACGUGCUAUUGAAAUGUAUAGGCAGCAGAGACUGGCCGAGUGGAAAGCAGCUCAGCUCAAGAAUCAGUUUGGAGAGGUUUUGGAAAUCUCUGGGAAGGAUUAUGUUCAGGAAGUCACCAAAGCCGGCAAGGGCUUGUGGGUUGUCCUGCACCUUUACAAACAAGGGAUUCCUCUCUGUGCCCUAAUCAAUCAGCAUUUCAGUGGACUUGCUCGAAAGUUUCCUAACGUCAAGUUUGUCAAAGCCAUCUCAACGACCUGCAUCCCCAAUUACCCAGACCGGAAUCUCCCCACAGUGUUUGUUUACCUGGAUGGGGACAUCAAGGCUCAGUACAUUGGCCCGCUGGUGUUCGGUGGCAUGAAUCUGACGAGAGACGAGCUGGAGUGGAAGUUGGCUGAGUCUGGGGCAGUCAAGACAGACUUGGAAGAGAACCCUAAGAAGCACAUUGAGGAUAUUCUGCUGUCGUCUGUGCGGGUCGGGGUCCCCAUGCGGGCAGGGAGCGACUCUGAGGAGGACUGAGUAAAGGCCACAGUGGGAUAUGUGAGCUGACGGAGCAUUGGAUCAUUAGAAGAACUUGGAGCUUGAGUCUUUGGUUUUAUAAUCAUGUUUCAAAUCUCACUGAGCUCAGAAUUGAUCACUGCUGGGAAUUCUUUCACAUUUUUUGGAAGCUUUAAAAUUAAUAGCAUUUAUUUAAUAAAAAGGUAAAAACCAA